AUGAAAUCUAAGCUGGAAUCAACUGAGGAAAAUUACAAAAAUGUAAAGAAAAUGUUAGGCGAGACCUCCAAAAGUGAGAAAUCAGCUAUAAGGCCUGAAAAUGUCAAAGAUGUUGAUAGUUGUUUCAGAAAGGAAACGUUGAAAACUGAAACGAGGAGUGAUGAUUCAAGAAUACAAAGUCAAAGACAAAGGAAAGAUUUGGCACAAAAUUGCGACUGGAAAGCCAAGAUAUCUAGCGACGAAUUGUCGUCUGCAAGUAGCAGCGAAACACAGACGAGGAAGGCCCGAGAGGUUAACGAGAAUGGGCGAAGUGAAACCGGUAUUCUCCGACGUGAUCGGAAAACAGAAAAUUCCCCAGUGGUUAUUAGGGAGGAAAAUAUGGACAAAGCGAGUUUGCAAAAGUGGAUAAGGGACACGAAUAGGACCAUACAUGAUAUGCAAAGAUGUUUGGUUGAUGUUAAGGGUGUGCUUUUUGGGUUGCCGGGGAAGUUUGAAAAUAUUUUGAAAAUUCAUUAUGGUGAGGGAGUUAAAGAUUUGAGUGAGACGAAGCAGGAUU